CUCCCGAAAUUUUCUGCAUUUGACGGUUUAACGAGUGUCGCGCGGAAAGAACAGUGAAAAAAUUAGUCAGGCCAUCAUCAGACUUUCACUUCGAUUUAUUUGACGAUUGCGUGGAGGGUAGCAACUAAAAAGUUAUAAGGCGCGGCCUUCGAUACUGUUAAUUUUCUGACCUAAUUUCUGAAAGAUUGCGGAAAAACGCAGCGGAGAUUUCGAUUUUCUAUUGUUAAUAGGCUGCCAUUGUUCGUUUCCAUGAGUAUGAGCUCGACAGAAUAUAACGUGGGCCUUGGCGAAGGCAAGUGCUCAAGUCGUGUGCUGAAGCCGCCUGGCGGUGGACAUUCGGACAUCUUUGGCUCACCGGAAGUUAAAGCUAACCCACCUCGUCCAAAGUACAAUCAGCAAAACUCUUCCAAUUUGAACGCUUGUAUGGGCACUACGGAUCCAAACCAAAAAGUUGAUGGAGUUGAGCAAAAUUUCGUUCCUGAGGAUUCCGGGAACGGUGCUGCACCAGCUGCAGCUAAGGCUGCAUCUUCUUCCUCCGGAACAGCUGCUCAGUCGAAUGCUCAACAGGAUUCGGGACGUGCCCGUGUUCCGCCUGGUGGUUUCUCUGCAGGAUUUUGGUAGAUUGUUUUUGUCUUAAGACCCGAUCUAUCAGAAAUCAUUUCUCAGGAUCGCAUUCAACACCACGCAACCCAUUGACGACCUUCAUCAGUUCAAAUUAUUUUCUGUAUUCCUUCCCAAGGGAGGUUUUCAACUCCUCUUAAUCGCAAAAAUUACUCUCUGCUACCAAAGAGCAUCGCGGUAUUAUCCUUUUUUACGAUCAAGCAUUUUUUACACCUAAGAUAUUUAACAUGUAUUGUACUUAACCUACAGCUAUUGAGUUUGAUCUCAAUUGAAGCAUUUUAUAAUCCGAUUUUUUUAGAAAGUAGCCACAAGUCUCAAUUGCAUUUACAAUAGCUUGGCUCUACUAAACCUAUCCUCCAUCUACAAUUAGGUCAAUCCUAAGCUAAUCUAGAUCAAUCCGACGAAAGAACCAAAAAAGACAAAGAACCAAUUUCAACCUGAACGUAUUUUAAAAAAAUUUCAAAUUUAUUAAAUUUAAAGAAGCCUACGCAUGGCGCCUUAUUUUUACGGUCUGUUACUAUAAUAGCUGCAUUGGUAUGAAAUAUUAUAAUCUGCCCAUAAUUGCUGUCUCUAUCCAUUUGUUGGAUUGGUUUGUGCUUUACAACUGCCUGAAAUAAAUAGUGUAUUAAUCUGAACGAAUAACAAA